CACAGCCGGUAAGAUGAACGGGGCGCUGGAGCAUUCGGACCAGCCAGACCCGGAUGCCAUCAAGAUGUUCGUGGGCCAGAUCCCUCGCUCGUGGUCAGAGAAGGAGUUAAAGGAGCUGUUUGAGCCUUAUGGUGCCGUCUACCAGAUCAACAUUCUCCGAGACCGCAGCCAGAACCCUCCACAGAGCAAAGGCUGCUGUUUUGUCACGUUCUACACGAGGAAAGCUGCUCUUGAAGCCCAGAAUGCACUGCAUAACAUAAAGACCUUAACAGGGAUGCAUCACCCGAUUCAGAUGAAACCUGCAGACAGUGAGAAAUCUAAUGCUGUUGAAGACAGGAAGCUGUUCAUCGGCAUGGUGUCGAAGAAGUGCAACGAGAACGACAUCCGGGUCAUGUUCUCUGCGUUCGGACAGAUCGAGGAGUGCCGGAUCCUCCGAGGGCCCGACGGGCUCAGCAGAGGUACCUGUCGCUCUCUGACUCACCUCCAUCCAGACUCGCUGCACCUCAUGUCAAUAUAACUGCCUGAACGGCCUCUGCAGCUGCAGUUCAUUGUCGUGUAGUCGGUAAAGUCAUAACCAAUACUCACC